CCAAGGUCCGGCGGUCCGGCGCUGUUCGUGUCACGAGGGUGCAGCACUAAACUUCCUGUGGCCGACUUCCUUUCACGCAUGCGCGUUGUCUUCCCUUUUUGGUUUUCACCACAAAUGGUGAUACACCAUGGCCAUUAAGCCACUGAAGACCGUUCCAGUCGUCAAAAAGCGGGUGAAGAAGUUCAUCCGCCACCAGAGUGAUCGCUAUGUGAAGCUGAGGCCAAACUGGCGCAAGCCAAAGGGUAUCGACAACCGGGUGCGUCGCCGCUUCAAGGGCCAGUACCUCAUGCCCAACAUUGGUUACGGGAGCAACAAGAAGACCAAGCACAUCCUGCCCAACGGCUUCAGGAAGGUGGUUGUACAUAACAUGAGGGAACUGGAGAUGCUGAUGAUGAUGAACCGGCGGUACUGCGCCGAGAUUGCCCACGGCGUGUCAUCCAAGAAGCGCAAGAUUCUCGUCGAGCGGGCACAGCAGUUGUCAGUCAGAGUCACCAACGCCAACGCUAGGCUCCGCUCGGAGGAGAACGAAUAAACCAGUGUCUGUUGUCACUUU